AUGGUGACUCCGGUGAAUCGGGAAUCUGGUAGUGGUGAAACAACACGGUUUCCGGCGGAUCAAUCUGAUAAUCCGUAUUAUUUGAAUAACAAUGAUCAUGCUGGUUUGAUUCUUGUUUCUGAUAGACUUACGACUGCAUCUGAUUUUCAUUCUUGGAAACGUUCUGUUAUGAUGGCAUUGAAUGUCAGGAAUAAACUUGGGUUUGUGAAUGGCACGAUUGUGAAGCCAGCUGAAGAUCAUAGAGAUUAUGGAGCUUGGACACGUUGCAAUGAUAUUGUCUCUACUUGGUUGAUGAAUUCAGUUUCGAAGAAGAUAGGUCAGAGUUUACUCUUUAUCCCUACUGCUGAAGGAAUUUGGAAUAACAUUUUGUCUAGGUUUAAGCAAGGUGAUGCACCUAGGAUUUUUGCUAUUGAGCAGCGUUUAAGCAAGAUUGAACAGGGUUCUAUGGAUAUUUCCACUUAUUACACUGAGUUGCUUACCUUAUGGGAAGAGUAUAAGAACUAUGUGGAGCUACCUGUUUGUACUUGUGGAAGAUGUGAAUGUGAAGCUGCUGCAAAAUGGGAAGUUCUUCAGCAGAGAAGUAGAGUUACUAAGUUUCUGAUGGGAUUAAAUGAGUGUUAUGAUCAGACAAGGCGUCAUAUCCUUAUGCUUAAGCCAAUUCCAUCAAUGGAGGAUGCUUUCAACAUAUUAACUCAAGAUGAGAGGCAAACAACGAUUAAGCCACUCUCUCGUGUUGAUAAUGUAGCUUUCCAGGCAGUAGCACCAAUAGAUACUGACAUGGAUAAUGCUGCUUACAUUGCUGCAUAUAACACUAAUCGCCCAAUUCAGAAGCCUGUUUGCACUCACUGUGGGAAAGUGGGGCAUACUAUACAGAAGUGUUUUAAACUUCAUGGUUAUCCACCGGGUUACAAGACGGGUUCUGGUUCAAGUUUUAAAGGUAAUGCUGCUACAGGACAGCAAAUGCAACAGGUUCAGCAAAUGCAACAGUUGCAACCUCGAAUGCCAGUAUCUCAGUUUCAACCUCGGAUGGUUUUUUAUCAGCCUAGAGCGCAAAUGAAUCCUUAUGAAUCAAUGCAUAAAGCUAAUGCAAUUGCCAAUGUUUACUCUGAUUCUACACCAGUUGUUACAGAUUUUGGUACUUAUGUUCCGACUGCACAACCUCAGUAUUUGCCUCCUCAGUCUCAAUCAAUGCCUUAUGUUGCGACUGAUGGUUCAAUACAGAAUCUUCAGAAUCUAACAUCACAACAGAUUCAGCAAUUGGUUCAUCAGUUUAAUUCUCAGAUACAAUCUUCAUCUCAAGAAUCUGAUGUUCCUAUAGCUGCAGUUACUGGUACUCAUGGUACAGCCACUAUAUCUGAACAUGGUUUAAUGGCAAAAACAUCAACAUCUGGUACUGUUUCUUUUCCUUCUAAUAGUCUUAAGUAUGAGAAUAAUAAUCUCACUUUUCAAAAUCAUACACUCUCUUCUUUACAACAAUUUUUGCCUCAUGAUGCUUGGAUAAUAGAUAGUGGAGCUUCUAUUCAUGUCUGUUCAGACUUAGAUAUGUUUAGGGAAUUGAGACCAGUGUCUAAUGUUACAGUCACUCUUCCUAAUGGUACUAGGAUUCAGGAACUUACACGGGGCUUGAUGAUUGGGAGGGGUAAACUAUACAACAACCUCUAUAUUCUUGACAAAGAAGAUCACUCCCUCUCUUCAUCUCUUCCUGUGGUCUGUUCUGUUUCUGAUUCUAAGCUUGCUGAUGGGGUUCUUUGGCAUCAACGUUUGGGUCAUCCCUCACCAGUUGCUUUGUAUAAACUUGUUAGUCAUAUUCCUUCUUUAAAAAGUGUAUCUUUUGCUGUUUCGGAUUUUAAGGCAAUUAGGAAUUACAACGCACCAGAAUUAGCUUUUAAUGAUCUUGUUAAGGAGACUGCUGUUUUCUUGAUUAAUAGAUUACCUUCAGCCUUGUUGAAUGAUAAAUCACCUUUUGAAUUACUCUUAGGGAAGUUACCAGAUUAUUCAUUGCUUAAAAAUUUUGGUUGUUUAUGUUAUGUUUCUACAUAUACAAAAGAUAGAAAUAAGUUUUCUCCUAGAGCAAAACCUGGUGUCUUCUUAGGUUAUCCUUCUGGAUACAAAGGUUAUAAGGUUUUAGAUUUAGAAUCUCAAUCUAUUCUGAUUUCUCGCAAUGUUAUAUUUCAUGAAGAAGAUUUUCCUUUUAAAACAAGUGAGUUUUUACAUAAAUCAGUUGAUAUGUUUCCUAAUACUAUACUUCCUUUACAUGUUCCUUUACAUUCUGUUGAAACUUUUCCAGUAGAUGAUCUUAGGACUGUUAAUAAUACUGCAUCUGCAUCUGCAUCUCGUCCUGCACACACAAAUAGCAGUCCUAGUACCAUUCCUUUAUCAUCUAAUCAUGUACCAAUAGAUACUAGUCUUAGUACUGUAAACAUAGCUAGGCCUAAACGAACGACAAAAGCUCCUAGUUAUCUGACUGAGUAUCAUUGUUCAUUAGUUCCUUUUCUUUCUACUUUACCACCAACAACACCUAAUACUACUAUAUCUACACCAGAAAUAAUAUCUACCCCUAUCCAGAAACCUCAUACUACCCCAUAUCCGAUUACUUCUUUUGUCUCUUUUGACAAAUUACAUCCUUCCUAUACAUCAUAUAUCUGUUCUUAUAGUCUUGAAACAGAACCAAAAACAUUUAGCCAAGCUAUGAAAUCUGAAAAGUGGACUGGUGCUGCUAAUGAGGAACUUGCUGCAUUGGAAUUGAAUCAUACAUGGGAUAUAGAGUCUUUGCCUCAAGGAAAGAAUGUAGUUGGCUGUAAAUGGGUUUUCACCAUUAAAUAUAACCCUGAUGGAACAGUGGAGAGGUAUAAGGCAAGAUUGGUGGCACAAGGUUUUACUCAGCAAGAAGGUCUGGAUUAUCUUGACACUUUUUCACCUGUAGCUAAACUGACUAAUGUAAGAUAUAUACUAGCUCUAACUGCUGCAAAAGGAUGGAGCUUAACCCAAAUGGAUGUAUCCAAUGCUUUUCUUCAUAGAGAGCUUGAUGAAGAAAUUUUUAUGUCUUUACCACAAGGAUACACGCCAAAGGACAGAGUCUUGCCUCCUAAUCCGGUAUGUCGUCUAAAGAAAUCUCUAUAUGGUCUAAAACAAGCAUCACGCCAAUGGUAUAAGAGAUUUUCGUCGGUAUUACUGGGAGCUAACUUUGUCCAAUCACAUGCUGAUAAUACAUUGUUUGUGAAAGUUGAUUCACAAGCUUUUGUUGCAGUAUUGGUAUACGUUGAUGAUAUAAUGAUUGCCAGUAACAAUGACACUGCAGUGGAAGCUUUGAAAACAUUGUUGAGGUCUGAAUUCAAGAUUAAAGAUUUAGGACCAGCAAGGUUUUUCCUUGGUUUAGAGAUAGCCAGAUCCUCUGCAGGAAUAUCAGUUUGUCAGAGGAAGUACAGUAAAACCUCUAUAAAUUAA